GUCAGACAGGGGCAUGUGGCCCGUGCUGCUAAUUAUCCCCUUUGGUCGCGACAACGCGGUAAUACUGAAAGAAAUCCACCGCCAACCGAGUCCGAACGCCUGUCUCCAUCUGCUCAUAGCGUACCAUUUCAGCACAUUCUGUCUUUUCCCCUUGCAGGCCUUUUCCCAUCGAUUCCGCUGUGGUAUUUCCGACCUCCAUCCGACUGUCGUAGCGCCAACGAAUCCACAGCCCCCGACUAUCGCCGCCAUAUAAAGCUUGGGAGUUCUCCCGCCAUGGGCUUGAGGAGUGGGCAUCAUGCAAUCACGUCGAGAUGAGAUCCUUGCAAAAAGGGCAAAGCUCGCAGAGCUUAAGCGGCAGAGAGAACUUCGAGCGAGCCAAACGACAGGUGGUCGCCCUAGCAUAGGCAGUCCAGGCGAGAUAGUCGCACCGACGCCGGGUCGCAACAGUCGCCACGAUAUAGAAGCUCUUAUCAAUACCUUGGUCGGUGAAAGCAGACCGGGCUCGACCACGGGAGGCGCAGGAUCGCCCGGCCCAAGAGGAAGCCGACCAAACAGCGUGCUGAGCGCAGGCGAACUCAGCAAUGAGACAUCAGAGUAUGCCAUUGCCUCGGCUGCCGGUCAAACAGUCGCAGCGCCUCCAGCGCCUCCAGCGCCACCACUCAUUAUGACAACGAUACCCUCGACGACCGUCUUCCAAUGCCCGCCGUCACCCGUCAAAGAAGUCUUCUCCUAUAGCAAGGCCGUGCAGACAACAGGGGAAUGGGCAACACCGAACAGGACCCGUGCGCACUCCCUUUCCGACAGCGAAGAUCUUCCCGGCGUAACAUCGACGCCGAACAAGAGGCAGAGCCGGAGGGAACGAGACCGAGAAGAGGAGCUACGGCAGAACAUCCGGAAAGAAGUCGAGGAGGAACUCAAGGCGGCACGAGAAGGGCCGAAGGACGGCGCGGCUCAGCCGGAGUCACAAUCGGUGAACUACCCCUUGCGAAAAUUGACCGACGAGGAACUAGAUGCCGUCACCGCCUCGGACGAAUUCUCGGGCUUUCUCGACAAGGCCACCAAAGUGAUCGAGCGAGCACUCGACCAGGAAUAUGACGUUCUUACCGACUACGCCCUGCAGGGCCAGGACGUGGAGGACGAAGAUGAGGACAGUGGAAACACUGGUGGUAAGGGACGACACAGGGUAAAGGAGGUGGCCCAAUUCUUCGACGAACGGUGGACCAAGAAGCGAAUGAUCAGCUCCAUCGAUUUCUCUCCUCAUUUCCCCGAGUUGAUGCUGGCGUCCUAUACCAAGAAUCCCACAGCACCGCACGAGCCGGACGGGCUUGUCCUGGUCUGGAGUCUCGGCCUCCACGACAGGCCCGAGUUUGUCUUCCACGCCCAAUCCGACGUUCUCACCGCCAAGUUCUCACCCCACCAUCGCAACCUCAUCGUGGGCGGGUCCUACAGCGGGCAAGUUCUCUUGUGGGAUACAAGGGUCAAAUCGGGCGCUCCCGUCCAGAAGACCCCUCUCACCGGGUACGGACACACGCAUCCCAUCUACUCUGUCGACAUUGUCGGUACACAAAACGCGAACAACAUCAUUUCCUGUUCAACGGAUGGAGUUGUGUGUGGCUGGAGCAUGGAGGUGUUCGCGCAGCCCCAGGAGCUCCUCGAGCUCAAGGCACCGCCGGCGUACAAGAUUGAGGACGUCAGCCCGACUUCCAUGGCGUUCCCGCAAGCCGACCCGACGUUUUUCCUCGUGGGCAGCGAGGAGGGUUCGAUCUUCCCGUGCCACAGGUACGACAGGGCGGGCGCCAAGGCGGGGAUCGACACGCGGUUCAGCUAUAAGGGCCACACGGCGCCGGUCAUGUCGGUCGAUUUCCACCCGGCGCGCGGGCCCGUCGACCUGGGCGACCUGGUCCUUUCCUCGUCGCUGGACUGGAGCGUCCGGCUAUGGAAGGUGCGGGCGCCCGCGGCGACGUCGACGGCCGGCAACGAGGGCGCCGUGUCGCCCCUGCUCGACUUUGUCCGCGAGGACGUCGUCUACGAUGCGAAGUGGUCGCCUAUCAAACCGGGCGUUUUCGCCCUCGUGGAUGGGGCCGGGUGGCUGGAGUUGUGGGACAUCACGGUCGAGACGGAAGAACCGGUUGCGCGGAUAUCGCCGAGCGCUCGCAAGGACGGGAGGGCCAUGCUCUCCAAGAGCCUGAAUAAGCUGGCGUGGGAACCUACCGAGGGCAAACGCCUGGCUACUGGUGGCAUCGACGGAACUCUGACGGUCUUCGAGGUUGCUUCCGGGUUGGGAGGGCGAGAUGACCUCAAGGCGGAGGAAUGGACCAACGUCAAGAAGCUUGUGAAUAGGGUCGAGGCUGUUGGCGUCAAUGGGGCAAUGAUGGUGUAAUGGUUCGAUGUGUGGCUAGUGGUCGGCUUCUUUGGCGCUGUGGCUUUUUCUUUCCUUUGGCCGGGCAGAGUCCUCGUUAGGUAGGUCACAGGCACGAUAGUGGGAGUUGCGUGUAACAUCCUCUACCAAGUCUCGUAGACUGCCGAGGGUGCCGCAUUGCCUGUUAGGCCUCAUUUGCAAAUUACCAGGCCAAGGUCGAGAUGCCAAUUGUACCUGUAUUUCAGGAAGUUGGAAAGCGACGUCUUUGCAUUCCGUAUACCCCAAUC